AUGGCACAGCCCGUCUCAGCCUUCCAGGCUGCUUACAUCUCCAUCGAGGUCCUCAUCGCUUUGGUGUCCGUGCCGGGGAAUAUCCUGGUCAUCUGGGCGGUGAAGAUGAACCAGGCGUUGCGGGAUGCCACUUUCUGCUUCAUCGUCUCGCUGGCGGUGGCCGACGUGGCCGUGGGGGCUCUGGUCAUCCCCCUGGCCAUCAUCAUCAACAUCGGACCGCAGACGGAGUUCUACAGCUGCCUCAUGGUGGCCUGUCCUGUCCUCAUCCUCACCGAGAGCUCCAUCCUGGCGCUCCUGGCCAUCGCUGUGGAUCGGUACCUGCGGGUGAAGAUCCCCGUCAGGUAUAAGAGCAUGGUGACACCCCGGCGGGCAGCAGUGGCCAUUGCUUGCUGUUGGAUCGUCUCCUUGCUGGUGGGACUCACCCCUAUGUUUGGCUGGAACAACCUGAACAAGAUGCGGACGGCUCAGGAACUGAAUGCCAGCCACACAGAGUUUGUCAUCAAGUGCCAGUUUGAGACGGUCAUCAGCAUGGAGUACAUGGUGUACUUCAACUUCUUCGUGUGGGUCCUGCCUCCCCUGUUGCUAAUGCUGCUCAUCUACCUGGAAGUCUUCAACCUCAUCCGCAAGCAACUCAACAAGAAGGUCUCCUCCAGCUCCAACGAUCCCCAGAAGUAUUAUGGGAAGGAGCUGAAGAUCGCCAAGUCUUUAGCACUGGUCCUCUUCCUCUUUGCACUCAGCUGGCUCCCUCUGCACAUCCUCAACUGCAUCACCUUGUUCUGCCCGUCCUGCGAGACGCCGCACAUCCUCACCUACAUCGCCAUCUUCCUCACCCACGGCAACUCAGCCAUGAACCCCAUCGUCUACGCCUUCAGGAUCAAGAAGUUCCGGACAGCCUUCCUGCAGAUCUGGAACCAGUACUUCUGCUGCAAAACCAACAAAAACGCCAACACCACCACAGCCGAGCCGGGCGACUAG